AAAUUCAAUGUGUAGAGCGUUACAUGUAUAAACUUGCUAUGUUUAUUUGCAGUAUGUUGUGAAAUUCGCUUCGCUCAGCUGUAUAAAUGGUUGUCGGUGCGCAUACGUUGAUUCAGUUUUCGUACCGCUUUGGUGAGGUUAACACAUUCAAUUCAACUGUGCUUCGACAAGUUUUUUUUUAAUUCAAUUUCUCAACAAUGGCUUUGAUUGGUGAAAUCCCGAAAUUCGACAGCCGAGACGACGACUGGAUGGUGUACACUGAACGUUUGGAGCAGUUCUUCGAAAUCAACGAUGUGCCCGAAGAGAAAAAGAAGGCCAUUCUAAUCACCAGCAUUAGUGACGACGUUUACAAGACAUUGCGUGAUGUGUGCCAUCCAAAUUUACCCAAAACCAAAACAUUCGACGAACUGUGUGAACUCUUGAACAAACAAUUUGUGGUGAAAACAUCGGUGUUCCGUGAACGUGUCACCUUCUACAAUGCCAAGCAGAUGAGCGGCGAGAGUAUUGCCAAUUGGUUUGCUCGAAUUAAGAAAUUGUCAGUGGAUUGUAAAUUUGGCGAUCGAUUCGAUGCGAUUUUGUUGGAUCGUUUCAUCACCGGUCUGAGAUCACCGCCGAUUUUGGAUCGUUUGUGCGAAGAAGAUGAGGACAAGCUCACAAUUCAGCAGGCCGUAGAAAUUGCUGUUACCAAAGAAAGUGCCAUCAAAGAAACGUAUGGAGAGUGUGACGAUGGUGAUGACGACGGUGGACAAAAACGAAACCGCGGUGGGCGAAAUCGACGCAAACACUAAGUUACUGUGAUGAGUUUGAUCACAUCAUAACACCCGAUUGUGCUAAUCAGCAACAUUUGCUGAGUCCUGAGUGUAGAACAUAAAAACCAAAAUCGAAAAAACAAAUAAAAAACAUACAAAAAUAUGAACAA